AUGGCUGUCUCUAAGGUUUACGCUAGAUCCGUCUACGACUCCCGUGGUAACCCAACUGUCGAAGUUGAAUUGACCACCGAAAAGGGUAUGUUCAGAGCUAUGGUCCCAUCUGGUGCUUCCACUGGUAUCCACGAAGCUUUGGAAAUGAGAGAUGGUGACAAGUCCAAGUGGUUGGGUAAGGGUGUCUUGAAGGCUGUUGCCAACGUCAACGACAUCAUUGCUCCAGCUUUGAUCAAGGCUAACGUUGAUGUUACCAACCAACAAGCUGUUGACGACUUGUUGUUGUCUCUAGACGGUACUCCAAACAAGUCCAAGUUGGGUGCUAACGCUAUCUUGGGUGUCUCUUUGGCUGCUGCCAAGGCCGGUGCCGCUGCCAAGAACGUCCCAUUGUACCAACAUUUGGCUGACUUGGCCAAGGCUAAGACCGAACCAUUUGUCUUGCCAGUUCCAUUCUUGAACGUCUUGAACGGUGGUUCCCACGCUGGUGGUGCUUUGGCUUUGCAAGAAUUCAUGAUUGCUCCAACUGGUGCUGAAUCCUUCUCCGAAGCUUUGAGAAUCGGUUCUGAAGUUUACCACAACUUGAAGUCCUUGACCAAGAAGAGAUACGGUUCUUCUGCUGGUAACGUUGGUGACGAAGGUGGUGUUGCUCCAAACAUUCAAACUGCUGAAGAAGCUCUAGACUUGAUUGUUGACUCCAUCAAGUUGGCUGGUUACGAAGGUAAGGUUUCCAUCGGUUUGGACUGUGCUUCCUCCGAAUUCUACAAGGACGGUAAGUACGACUUGGACUUCAAGAACCCUAACUCUGACAAGUCCAAGUGGUUGUCUGGUGAACAAUUGGCUGAAAUGUACCACGAAUUGGUUAAGAAGUACCCAAUUGUCUCUAUCGAAGAUCCAUUUGCUGAAGAUGACUGGGAAGCUUGGUCUCACUUCUACAAGACCGCUGGUGUCCAAAUCGUUGCUGAUGACUUGACUGUCACCAACCCUCUAAGAAUCAAGACUGCCAUUGAAAAGAAGGCUGCUGAUGCUCUAUUGCUAAAGGUCAACCAAAUCGGUACCUUGUCUGAAUCCAUCAAGGCUGCUAACGACUCUUUCGCCGCCAACUGGGGUGUCAUGGUCUCCCACAGAUCUGGUGAAACCGAAGACACUUUCAUUGCCGACUUGGUUGUUGGUCUAAGAACUGGUCAAAUCAAGACUGGUGCUCCAGCCAGAUCCGAAAGAUUGGCCAAGUUGAACCAAUUGCUAAGAAUUGAAGAAGAAUUGGGCUCCAAGGCUAUCUUCGCUGGUAAGAAGUUCCACAACGCUAACCAAUUAUAA